AUGGACGCUUCCAGCGACAUACGCUCCUCCCGCCUCAACAAUGCCACUCCGCCUGAGAUAUCCCAGAGACGCCAGUCGUUGCCGGCUGGCUCUGCGCCUGUGCCAGCCAGGCAGCCCGUGGCUCGCGGGCACAUCGCCCCGGCUUCUCCCGAAGUCAUCUCCUCGCUCAUCUCGUCCCUCUCCACCAUCUCUACUCCGGCUCGAACCCAUUUCGAAAGCCUACCCAGGAUAGGCUCCCAGACAGCGCCACCCUCGCCGACCUCUGCGCACGACGCCCUUUUCGACGAGGAUGCUUCUGGUCUGGAUUAUGGCUCGUUCAAGGCCGCCGCUGCUGCUGAAAACGAGGCCCCCUUUCUGCACCCCUAUGAUGCAGCGAUGUCGCCAGUGAUCAGAAUGUCAAAACCACCGUCCUCAUUACGGUCUCCGCGCUCCUCUGUGUCAUAUCACUCAUGCCGAAAUACCGCAGAUGAUACCGCUUCCUUACGGCCACCAUCUCGCGCCUCGCAUGGCUCGUCAACAACCAUCCAGGAGGACUCUACGACUUUCGGAGUCGUCCGUCUGGAGCCUGGUUCUGGAAUGUCUACCACCAGUCUUGUCUCGUCAGGUAGCAGGAAAAGUCUGAAAAAUCAGCUCGGUCUCCUCCGGCGGUCAUCGCGAGAUUCUACAAAUGCAAGGGGCAAGGAUACCGAGCGCCCAGGCGCAGAGGAUGGGCUUUCGGUGGCCAAUUCGCGCAGCAGGUUUAGCUUGCGGUCCGUUCGUUCAAUGGCAGAUCUUGCAGAGGAAGGAAAUGGCACCCUGUCGCACAACAACAACAGCAGCAGCUCCCAGAAUAUGGCAGGCGGUUUUCAAGACUUUAGACGGGAAUCUGCUCCCAAUCUGAAAGAAACACAAGCGGCCCCUGAACCUUCAACUUUAGCUCCAGGUGGUAUCGGAAGUGGCAGAAGUAUACCCACUCGAGAAUCGUCACUGCGGCACAGCUACAAUGGAACAUCGACGAAGAAGCGUCGCUCUGCUAGGUACAGUGGAUAUUCUUACAAGGAUGUCACGGUUGAUAAAGAGAUUGCAGAAGUCAAUGCAGAGGCGGAUCAAGUAACACAGCGCAUUAAGGAGAUCAAGGAUCACCAGAAAAAAGUCAAAGAUAGAAUGGUGCUCGAUGAUCGGCUCCCAUCGUCUCCAUCAGAUACCACGAAGGUCAAUGGCCGAGCAUCUGCUCAAUCUAUGCAGUUGACGAAGGUAGAUGAACUGGCGAUCGAUAUUGGUGAUAGCGCACCCUCACCCACCGUCAGUACUCGAAGAGUGCCAUCCGUUAGCAAACGAAGUACCCCUCUCGCGCCCAAGGCCGGAAAUUUGCAGGCAGUCCCUGCGGCGCAUCGCUCGAGGAAUGAUGAAAGCCAUAAACAAAGUAAAGCGUCUGAUGUCAAAAGCCAUAGAAGAACACACUCUGACUCGCCAUCUACCGUACCUCGCGCCUCGACGGACGCCAACGCUAGGCCGACCAGUCCUGACGUAAUAGAGGAGGCCGUUGAGGCAUAUGUGACGGCGUCUAGACUUACACAAAAAGUGCAUCAUCCGCAGACUGGUCGGGUUAUCGCCUUCUCCGAAGUGGGAGACCCCAACGGCCAUGUUGUAUUCUGCUGUGUAGGUAUGGGGCUAACCCGAUAUCUCACGGCAUUUUAUGAUGAGUUGGCUCGGACACUCAAACUUCGGCUUAUAACCCCCGAUCGACCUGGAGUUGGAGAAAGUGACCCUUGCCUGGAUGGCACGGGGACUCCCUUGAACUGGCCUGACGACCUUGCUGUUAUAUGCAAAUAUCUCAAAAUAUCAAAAUUUUCCAUGCUCGCACACUCCGCCGGUGCGAUAUACGCUUUGGCCACGGCGCUACGGAUGCCUCAGCACAUAAGAGGCCGCAUCCAUCUUCUCGCGCCAUGGAUACCGCCCUCUCAGAUGUCCGGUAUGGGUUCACACAAGGAUCCGCUUCCGGCUAACGCACUUCCCUACUCUCAACGGCUUUUGCGCGCCUUGCCCACACCGAUUCUGAAGGUUGCCAACUCUAGGUUCAUGACUGCAACCAGCGCCAGCAUUACGAGCAGCCUACCAAAGAGUUCACGAAAACCGAAGCGCCGAAGUACCGUGGGAAAGGAGACGACACCCACACCGGGGGAUCUUGGAGGCACCAAUACCGCCAAUGGUCAAGGCAGAACGUCGGCCACAACUCCGCGAAAACACCCUCCCCUCCCAUCCCAAGAAGCAACACCCGCUGUCGCUUCUAGCGCAUCUAGCUUCGUUGCUGGCCCCGCCGCCGACGCGGAUUCUAAAUCAGAGCAGGAACGGCAGUCUGAGUACGACAAUCGCUUAACGCAUGCGAUUUGGGAGCUUGCCACCAGUAGUGCUAACCCUGCCGUGGAUUUAUUGAUCUGCCUAGAACGCCGGCGAGCUAUUGGCUUUCGAUAUGUCGACAUUAAUCGCGCCGUCGUCAUUCACCAUGGCUCCCGAGACACACGAGUCCCCGUUGACAAUGUGCGAUGGCUGGGAAAGACAAUGCGGCGAUGUGAAGUCCGAGUGCUUGAGGGAGAAGGCCACGGACUAAUGGCAUCCGCAACCGUUAUGGGCAAUGUGCUAAUGGAGGUUGCAAAAGAGUGGGAAGACUGGACGAUUGUUGUGCAAGGGCGGAGAGACGGAGCGAAGCCAGCAGUCGCUGUGCAGUAG